AAGCAGUCACCCGCAAGUUUGUACAUGAAGACAGUGGUAGCAUCAUAUCUCUAUGUGCGGCUGUGGAAUCUUGUCUUUCACAUGGACUGAAGCGCAGAGCAGUUGGCCUAUUUAAAGGAAACACAAGCUACACGCUACUUAAAUCUAUAGCAAAGAACUUUGCUCCUGCUUCCAUUGUGGCCCAAAAGGUGGCAGACAUAGAAGCUAGGAUGGAAGUUAAUAACAAUAAGAAAUUUCUGAGCUUUACGGAUGAAGUUUUCGACAGGAACAACCCGCAGGGAAGACGAGCAGCAUUACAGCAUCGAUAUAUGUGGAUAAGGAUUGCACUGUUUGAGAAACAGUUAGCCAAGAUCAUUGAAUAUUUAUGCGAGAACUCUUGUAAAUACUAUGAAAAAGAUGCCCUUAUAGCCCACCCAGUACAGGGACCAAUAGUAUCAUCUUUAUUAUUUGGCCCCUGUGCUCUGGAUUACUCAAAAAUGAAAACACCGGACCAUUACUGGACAGACCCACCAGCAGAUGAGCUUGUACAGCGCCAUCGUAUCCACAGCAGUACAACAGGCUCAACGUCCCCCAGAAGACCAGGAUUAACAACAAGGAAAAUGACAAGCAGUAACAGUGACAACUGCGUGCAGAUGUCUGCAAAGGAUUAUGUGGAAUCGCUGCAUCAAAAUUCACGAGCAACAUUACUAUACGGCAAGAAUAAUGUUUUGGUACAGCCGAAGGAAGAUGUAGAGCAAAUUCCUGGUUACUUAUCACUCCACCAAUCUGCUGACCUACUAACCAUCAAGUGGACCCCGAACCAGCUUAUGAAUGGAAGCACCAAUUCUAGUGAUGGUGAAGGAGAAGCUGACAAAAGUUAUUUUUUCGGCAAAAGUAGUGAUAAAUGGCUAAGCAGAAGAAACAGCCAUAGAAAAAAUGGUUGCAAAAUUGUUUACUGGGAUUAUGCGAUUUGUGUGAACCUGGAUGACAUCGUGUACCUACACUGCCACCAGCAACCGGAUUGCGGUGGCACUCUUGUACUUGUGGGUCAAGACGGAGUCCAGUUCCCACCAAUUCACUUCCCAAAGGGCGGUCAUCUACUUGCCUUCCUCUCCUGCCUUGAAAAUGGCCUUCUGCCCCGAGGCCAACUGGACCCACCGCUUUGGUCUCAGAGAGGGAAGGGGAAAAUAUUUCCGAAGCUGAAAAGAAAAACAUCAAAGAACAGCAUGAGUAAGGAUUCAGUGGAUGAACUGCCAGAGAUUUCUGAAACGGAGGAGGCAACGGAUUACGUCUUCAGGAUAAUCACGGCAUUGAAACCUGAAUUUGUUCCGGAUGAAGCUUUGGACCCAAAGAAGACAAAAGGUAUGAUGACGCUGCCAUGGAGUCAGAAGGAACCAACAUCAGGGAUGAGGCAUCGGCUGAUAAGGCAACCAGAGUUAUACACCUAUUCACCAACCAGUCCUACAAGUACCUAUUUACCGGGCACUUUAGAUAGCAUGCAUAUGUUUUCGUUACAUUCUAGAUCCUCCAUCAGAUUGUUGUGUGACACGAUGAAGAAGCAGAUCAUAUCCAGAGCGUUCUACGGAUGGAUUGCACAUUGCCGGCAUUUACGAACUGUGCGGACCCACCUGUCAGGCUUGGUAAAUGCGGUCAUUAUACCGAGCAACGGAGCUGAAUGCGGGCUUACUGUCGACAAAUGGAAAGAGCUGAAUAGCUCUGGAAUGCUUUUAGAUUCAGCAGAAGUGAUGCGGUUGGUUUACUAUGGUGGCGUUGAGCAUGAGAUCAGAAUAGAGGUUUGGCCAUACUUAUUAGAGCACUAUCAAUAUGGCUGGACAGAAGAACAAAGAAAUGCAGCUGAUGAUGAAGUUAGAGUAACUUAUGAAGAGAUUAUGUCCAAGUGGAUGGCAGUGGAAGCAAUUAUCAAGCAAAGAGACAAGGACAACCAGUUGGCAAAGUUGUCUUCUGAGAACAGCUCUGAUGGUCAGAUCCCUUUGACUGGACGUGAGCCUAGCCUUGACAGCGAGGUUUUUGAGAUAGAAGAGGUCAGUGAAGAAAUUAUUGAUGGCAGUGCACUACCUGUAGAUGACCCUCAAGAGACAGAGAGGUUACGAGAGUUUGCUAAGAAGGAGGACUAUGUAGUGAUUCGAUGUCGGAGGCAAGAGACACUUGAAACAGAGCGAGGUAGAAGUAUGAGUGACUUCUCUGACAAGGGUGAAGGUGGUAGCGCAGAGGGAUCUCCACAUGGAAGCGAUGAAGGAUUCGGAGAUAUGAGUAACAAAGGUUUUGAAAACCACAGGCGGAUGUCAAAACUGAGGGAAGAGGAAGAAGAACAACAAAAAGCCAUGGUAGAGAAUGAAGAUGACAAUGGGCUUCAAAAGGAUUCUCUGAUUAAAGUCCUGAUGCUUGGAGCUUCCCAGCAAAGUCAAGAUGAGGAUUUCAGUGGUAUAGCAGGGGAAGGAGUUGAAGAGAAAGAGGAUGUUGGUGAUGGUCUUGACAUCCCAUCUUCUGACCAACUUGGAGUCAACAGCUUCAUACCAGCAUCACCAGCAUCUUCAGUUGGUGGAGUCUAUGCUACAGAGUUACUGGACACAUUCUGUCUGAACCUGCACAGAAUAGACAAGGAUGUUCAACGAUGUGAUCGCAACUACUACUACUUCAACGAAGCAAAUCUUGAGAAACUCCGUAACAUUAUGUGUACGUACGUAUGGGAGCAUCUGGAUGUGGGUUAUGUGCAGGGCAUGUGUGACCUGGUUGCUCCCCUUCUUGUCAUCUUGGAUGAUGAGUCAAAGACAUAUAGUUGUUUCUGUGAAUUGAUGAAGAGGAUGUCUAAGAACUUUCCUCAUGGUGGCGCUAUGGAUACGCAUUUUGCAAACAUGAGAUCUCUCAUUCAGGUUUUAGAUGCAGAGAUGUUUGAACACAUGCAUCAGAAUGGUGACUAUACACACUUCUACUUCUGCUACAGAUGGUUCUUACUAGAUUUCAAACGAGAGCUUCUUUAUGAUGACACAUUCAGUACAUGGGAGACAAUAUGGGCUGGAAGAGCAGUGGCAUCUCACCAGUUUGUACUCUUUAUCGCUCUGGCCCUUGUAAAAACCUACCGAGAGAUUAUUCUGGAUAACAACAUGGAUUUCACCGAUAUCAUCAAAUUUUUCAAUGAAAUGGCUGAAAGGCACGAUGCUAAGGCGGUACUACAUAUUGCUAGAGACUUGGUCCAUCAGGUGCAGACACUUAUAGAAAACAAAUAAGAGAUAUAGAGAUUUACAGUCAGGUAUGAUCAUAAUGGUUGCUGGUGGGGUUGUCAACUAGAUCAAAAUCUGUUUGGAUUAUCAAAGAAUCAACUAGAUUAUCAUCAAUACCUGUAUAAGCUGUUGGGAUUAUCAAGUGAUUAAUUGAUUCAGUUUUGAAAACCUUGAGAUAAUCAUACUGUAUAUGAUUAGUCAGUGUGCUGGGUAACACCUGGGCUAAUCUAAUCUACUAUGGCUUAGAUUAAAUGUUGAAUAAUAGUAUAGUCAAUAAUAUUCCAAGUCAUGUGACUUACUAGUCAUGUGCCAAUUCUGUAACUGUAAAGUUCAGGUUCAACUCAUAGUGAUUGUUGUUGUGUGUAUGACAACAAACCGAUACAAUAUCUUUCUUGAUAUUUUGGGUUUAUGUUAGUAAUCUAUGUUAUGUAGUGUGUGAUAUUAAUGUACCGUACUGACUCAGGUUUAUUCCCUUCCACUAAUAACAUGCCAUAAAUUUACAUCCAAACUAGACCUCAUGCUUUAAACAUCAUUAGCAGUUAUUGGAAGUUUGAAAAAUAGCAGUUAUGUAUGCAUUACCAUUGUAUGAUGUAAGUUUACUUGUAUUGCAUUCUCUUAUGGCAAUCUAAUCUAUAUAUUUACUUAACAUAAGCUGUAAAUUGUGGAGGUUUGAACAGAUCUUGAAUGUUACUUAGAACAAGGGGGUGGCUACACCCAGCUUAGUACGGUAUGUUUAGAUACAUCUGUAUCCAUACAACAUACAAUUUAGUACACUUAUAAAAGAAUAAAAAAUUCUUUAACACACAAACUACAUGCAUAAAAAAGUAAAUAUGUACAUACUUACAUAUAUACAUGUACAUUAUAAACACAUAAAAUACAACCUGCCAUAAAAUAGUGCGUAAUUGAAUUACACAGCAAGUUUUAGGCUAAGAGUGACCACUCUACAAUAUCAGACUAUGAAUUUUAUAAUGCGCCUUCUAUAUAAGAGACUAUUGACCACUACAAACCUAUCCAUGCAUACCAUUUACCAUUGAAGUUAACCAAAGUUAAGAUAGAAAGAAAUAAUAUCAUGCAUGUUUCUACUGUUCUAAAGUGGUUUUUGUUGAUAUUACACUGCUUAAAAUGAGGACUUGGUCACAUUUCUUAGACAAACUUAGUAUGUUUAAGGAUACUAAUACAUAACACACUCUUCUUAUUCCAUUUUAUUUUAUUCCUGCAAAAUGUGCAAUUUUAUCUUCUUUUGUAUAUAUUUUCAAAGUAGCAACCAAAGUAAAUUUUUUUAGAUUUUCAUUUUUUCAUAGAAUUUCUUUUUACCUGAUAUUCUUGUCAAUAUCUCAUUUUACAAGAUUUCUGUAGAUUUUAUCUUGUGUACAAGAUGUAUUGAAGACGGUUGAAAUAAUUUGGAUAGAAAACUAAAAUCUAUCACUUGUCAGCAGUAAAAUGAAAAUCAACAAUACAAGAAAUGUAUGGCCAAUCGAAUGAAUGGAACUUUGCACUAAGCCCCACCCCUUGGAUAUUGUUGCCAAGGACCCACAAAACAAUAGCAUAAAUGUACACAAACAAAUGUGAUCGUUGGACAACACGUGAUUGGUCAGUGUUUGAUUAACACUCUGGAAAGGCCAUUGCAAGUGUAUUAAUUAUAUUUAUAUUAAAAAAUGAAAAUUAAUUGUGUUGUUUAUUGUGGAGAUUCACAUUUUUGCUAAACCACCUGCUAAAGAUAUUAAGCAUAAUAUAUAUAUAUAUAUAUAUAUAUAUAUAUAUAUAUAUAUAUA